GAUUAUAUCAUCGAAAUGAUUUACACAAAAACAGCUGGAUUUUCGGCUAUUGGUCUUUCAGUGUUUACAAUUGCAUUUAUUGCCACACAAUUUAAUGAAUUUUUAAAUUCCGUUACAAUGGUAAAAUACAAAUUAGCCGUACAUAUGGAUGAAUUCAAAGUAAUUCAGGAUGAAAUUUGGACUGAAUUGCAAGAAGUACGAACUAUGCAACCAAUGUCAUCUAAACGUUUUGCACGUGAUGCAACUGAAGCCAAAUGCCAAUAUGUUCGCGAGUUUGGAAUCAUUUCAGAAUGUGAUUCAGUAAGUCGAUGCCCUCCGGGUCCUCCGGGUAGGCCUGGAAUUGAUGGAAUAGAUGGCAUACCGGGACGACCUGGUCCACCAGGAGAACCUGGCAUUCAAGGAACUAUUCCACCUGUGGAAGCUAUAAAAGACACAGAAAGCUGUCGAGUAUGUCCACCAGGGCCAGUUGGACAUCCAGGAUACCCUGGACCUAUUGGACCACCUGGACCACAGGGUCAACCAGGAAACGACGGUCUUCCAGGAUAUCCAGGUCAACCUGGUCCAAAUGGACCAGUAGGUGAAAAUGGAGAACCAGGAAUGGUUGGCAAAGAAGGACCAAUGGGAUUACCAGGCCGAGAAGGAAUUCGAGGACUUCCAGGUGCUCCUGGUGAACCUGGACCUCGUGGUGCAAUCGGACCUAAAGGUUUCACGGGACCACCUGGAAAUCCUGGCAAACCAGGUCAACAAGGGCCAAUCGGUCCACCAGGAGAAAUAGGACAAUCAGGUCAACAAGGUUAUGCCGGAUCUGCAGGAGGAUUUGGUCUAUCAGGAGGUCCAGGAGAAGAUGCUGGUUAUUGUCCUUGCCCACAACGUCGCACACUAAAAAUUGUCAAAACUGCAAGAGCGAAAAAAGCCAGGGCGUAG